AUGAAAGUGGUGGACACCUUCACUUGUCUGGGCAGCACCCUCUCCCGCACCACCAAAAUCAACGACGAAGUUGCCCGCCACAUAUACAAUGCCAGUCAGGCCGUCGGCCGUCAGCAGAACACCGUUUUGAACCGUCACGGUCUCCAUCUCAACGCGAUGCUGAAGAUGUACAAGGCAGUCAUCCUACCGACGCUGCUGUAUGGAGCGCAGAUCUGGAUGGUCUACAAGAAGCAUACGCGGAGACUGAAUCGCUUCCACCCCUGCUGUCUUCGGUGGAUACUGAAGCUGAAGUGGCAGGACCGGACACCCGGCAGUGACGUACUGAAGCGGAGGGGAAUCCUCAGCAUCUACAUCAUGAUGGGACAACUGUAA